CGACUGGCACUUGAACGUGGCAUUAGGACCUCGGUAUCCUGUAAGUUCAAUGUGUCGUAGUCAAGGACUGGUCGUAGAAGUGACAAGCUAACCAUAUGAUGCUAGGCUAGUUAGCCUUGCCGUUUGGUAUUGGUGAGAGGCUGUAGUCCGUGUGUGUGUAGCUGAAGCCAGCUUAGCCAAAAGACAUACAAGGAACAACGCUAGCAAGUCAGAUCAUUGCAUGUAUUUAUUUUCUUUGCAUAAGGACACAACCAAUGUUAUCUAGGUCGCUGUCUCGCUAACGUCAACACACUCGGGGUAGUCCAACAAGCGAGUAAAAAAAACAACAACCCCAAAACCGAACAAAAAGAGAGCGGUAAGCUAGUCACCUAGGUGAACAGACCACACACGGCAUUGAAGAUGAAUGGCUUAAUGAAGAACGAGGGAAUAGCGGGGACCGAGAGGUUCGCUAGCCCGGGGAAAGGCAGGGGACUACGGGCUGUGAAGCACUUUGCUGUCGGAGACCUCGUGUUUGCCUGUCCUGCCUAUUCCUACGUCCUGACGGUGAAUGAGAGAGGAGCGCACUGUGAAUACUGCUUCACCAGGAAGGAAGGCCUCUCCAAAUGUGGAAAGUGUAAACAAGCUUACUACUGUGAGAUUGACUGCCAGAAGGGAGACUGGCCGAUGCACAAGUUGGAGUGUACAGCCAUGUGUUCCUAUGGGGAGAACUGGUGUCCGUCAGAGACCGUCAGACUGGUGGCCAGGAUCAUCAUGAAACAGAAAGUCACAACGGAACGGACACAGUCAGAGAGGCUGUUACUUCUCAGCGAGUUUGAAGCCCACCUGGAUAAGUUGGACAGUGAGAAGAAUGAGAUGAACCAGACGGAUAUAGCUGCACUGCAUCAUUUCUACUCUCGACACAUAGACUUCCCUGAUGACCAAACCCUCACUGUGCUCUUUGGACAGGUAAACUGUAAUGGAUUCACCAUAGAGGAUGAGGAGCUGUCUCACCUGGGCUCUGCUGUGUUCCCUGAUGUAGCAUUGAUGAACCAUAGUUGUAGUCCUAACGUCAUCGUCACCUAUAAGGGGACAGUAGCUGAGGUACGAGCCGUGCAAGACAUCCAGCCUGGAGAUGAGAUCUUCAACAGUUACAUUGACCUGCUCUACCCGACAGACGACAGGAACGAGAGACUGAGGGAUUCAUACUUCUUUACCUGUGUGUGUAAUGAGUGUGCCACACGGUCGAAGGAUGGAGGUAAGAUGGCGCUUCAAAAGUUGAGCUCUCCCCCACAGCCAGAGGAGGUCAGAAAGAUGGUUCACUAUGCCAGGAAUGUUAUUGAAGAGUUCCGUAGAGCUAAGCACUACAAGACCCCUAGUGACCUGCUGGAGAUCUGUGAGUUGAGCCAGGAGAAGAUGAUCUCUAUAUUUGCAGACACUAACGUGUAUGUGCUUCACAUGAUGUACCAGGCCAUGGGAGUCUGUCUGUACAUGCAGGACUGGGACGGAGCCAUGAGCUACGGAGAGAAGAUCAUUCAACCAUACAGUGUCCACUACCCAGCCUAUUCUCUGAACGUGGCCUCCAUGUACCUGAAACUGGGCCGUCUCUACCUGGGACUUGAGAGGAAGACCCAGGGAGUCAAGGCAUUAAAGAAGGCGAUCGCCAUCAUGGAAGUGGCUCAUGGGAAGGAUCACCACUACGUAACAGAGGUCAAACAAGAGGUGGAGGAGCUGAAAUAAGGAGGAGGUGAAGAAGAGGAAGGAGUGAGGGAGGAAGAGAGCACAAGGGCUUCUCCAAACCCUGGGUCAAACAAAAACUUUUUGAAAAAAACACAAAACUAAACAGCUGCACGGCAUGCAUCCUAUACCUCUCUUUUUUUUUAUGUGUACCUCUCUCCAUCUCCCUUUCGGGCUCUGGUCAAAUCAGUUAUUUUUGUUUGUCAUGCAGGCAGGCAGUUAACCAGUCAGUGAAAGAGACAAUGUGACCCCAGUAUUUCUGUUCAUCGGGUGUCUUAGACAGUACGUGAUGAGGGUGUUUUUAUGUACUGGCUAGCAGUAUUGCUGUAACCGGCAAGGACAGUUGUCGUUUUUAGUUUUGUUAUUGGCCUGGACUAGCCUCGUAUCUGCCUAAACUGUUAUGAAAAGUGAACUCAUGAAUUUACAAAUUACGUUUGUAAUUAAGCGAUGACGGGUUUCUCUCCUCUCAUACAAGGUAGCAAAGUGAGAGAACAAUACCAAAAAAUAAAAUCAUUAAUUGUUAUGAAUAUGUUUUAACUUUAAAUAAUUUUGCGUUCGUCUUUUUUGCCUGUUUUAUAAAAUCAGAAGUGUUGCAUGUUUUCUCUCACUCAUAUACUGUCUUUGUACCGACCUGUAAGGGAACAGGGUUGUAGUCUUUGUACCGACCUGUAGGGAACAGGGUUGUAGUCUUUGUAGCGACCUGUAGGAAGCAGGGUUGUAGUCUUUGUACCAACCUGUAAGGAAGCAGGGUUGGCCUCAAAUUCGGUUUUAAUUCCGAAAGUAAAUCAAAUUCCAACGUACUUCCUGAAUUGACUGGAGUUGAUAUGGAAUUGGGCCCCAACCCUGAAGGGAAGUCAUUUUCCACAUUGUUCAUUCAAUGUCAUCACAUAGAUUUCGUUGUUGUGGAAACAACGUUGAUUAACCAGAUUUUGCCUAGUAAGGUGACUGUAAAACCCUCAAUAUUAACCUUAACCUUUAGGGGAAUGAAAACAUACCUGGCCCUGGAUCACAAUCUCUUUCCUGGGAACCCCAAGGGGUGCAUGUUUCUGUUGUUGCCCUAGCAUUACGGACUAUUUCAAAUAAUCAACACAAUAUCAAGCUUUGCUUAUUUGAAACAGCUGUGUAGUGCUCUGUAGCUCAGUUGGUAGAGCAUGACGGGGGGUUCGAUUCCCGGGACCACUCAUACGUAAAAUGUAUGCAUGUGUGGGAUAAAAGCGUCUGCUGAAUGGUAUAUAUAUUAGGACCAAAAACCCAAACUUUGAGAUCCCCAGAACUGAGUUCAGAAAACGUCUGGCUUAGAGACGACUUCCACUUCACCUCACUUCCCCUCUGUACUGUGGUUGGUUUGAGUGUUUCGGACAUCAGACAUGGAAACCCAAAUAAAAUAGAAAACAGA